AUGCUAAGAGAGGUUUUAAGAGGAAAGAGCAAUCUUUCAGCAAGAGAGAGGUUUUAGUACCCAGAGUUGAAUAGGAAGGAUGCAUUAAGACUCCUAUCAACUAGGAAACAGAGUAGCAUUUUCGAUGAAAAUGAAGUCAUCACUUCAGAAUCACUAAGAGCAGGCAUGGAGAUCUUUUACUCUGUCUAAACUCAAUAAAACUACGAUGAGGUUUGCUCUGAGAUCGAUGACUAUUCACUUUUAUGUCAUUGCAAUAUUGCUCAGAAUCUAGUCAAAUGCGACUAUGAAUGGUUAGGCAUGAAGUACUAACUAUAGAGAGAAAAGUAUCUUUAGAGGGCAAACACUGAAAAUUAACUAAAUUUCAUCAGAAUUGCUGAUAAUGCUAAGAAUCUUAACGCUGUUCUACCAGAUCAUUUUAUGCUUAAUCAAUUGGAGAAAACUGAAUAUAUUAGGAAUUUGUUUGAGCCUACAAUGCAAGAAGAAGAUAUUGAGGAAUCCCUAGCAGGUAUGAUUGUAGGGAGAAUAGCUUAAGACUUUAGCCAACAAGAUAGAUCUGAGUUUACCUUAAUCUAAGAGGAUUUGAUUAAGGCAGAUUUAAAGGCUAAAGUAAAUCAUCCUAAAGUGAUAUAGGAUGAGAUCUUAAGCACAAGAAAAGAACUUUGGAAUCCCUAGAUAUUUAGCAAGAAUCCCAAAAAACUUAUGCAGAGGAUUAUAUAUGAAGAGUUCCUUAACGAUGUCAUCAUUCUAGACAACUUAGGAUUAUAAAAGAAAGUUAAUACUGAAAAUGAUAAAGAAGAAGAAGUCCUUAAAGAAAUUAAGAUAAGCAAAAAUUAGGAUUUACGAUUAGAUAUCAAACAGGAGCAACAACCUAUCAGAAGUUCCAAGAAGUUUGGAUCAGCCUCAGGAAGAUCUGAGUCUAAGAGAGUUAGUCUUAGAGAUUUGAGUGAUAAAAAGAGUCCCAAUGAGAAUGAAAUAUUUCACUUUACUUUCACUUAGAAACAAGAUUACCCAGUUAAAAUCUAGUAGUCUGAAACAUCAAGAUUUACCGAUCAAAUCUAACCAUUCACUGUAAUUACUGACUCUCUUGAAGCUGAUUUGACGCCCAUUACUUCUAAACCGCAUCCAAUGCCAUUAACUGCUAGAGUUGCUCUUAAAGAUAUUUAAAAUGUCAAGCUAUCCCCAUCUCCAAAUAUCUUCAAAGAUUUGACUUAAUAUCCUUUGGUAGAUAAUUCCCUAUAAAUCAAGAGCAAAUUGAAAUUAAAGAAGUCAGUUUCUCCUAGUUAAAAGUAAAAUUAAGAUCAAUUAUAAAGACUCAACAGAGUAAUCAAUUAAACUUUAAGCCUGAGAUAAAUAAGAUAGAGACUAAGAAAUUGA